GCACCAUGACCAUGAAGUGAAAUAUGAUGAGAAUAAUCUGGAGAAAUCUAACAUCAGUGAAAGCGAUCGUUUGUUAAUGGAAGUUCUUUGAUGGUGAAAACGGUUUGUGUUCCACUUAUGUCCACGUCUACCAAGAUUUAUUGGUUAAAAACGAUUAUAAAAACGAAGACAAACCCUCAGCUUUCUAGUUUUGUCGUGUCAUCAACAAGAUAUCAUGGCAUCUUUCUUCAUUCUUACGGCCCUCGUGGUGCUGGCUGUUGAAGCUGCUUCAAUCGAAAAGUCAGGAGAUGAGGAUAAACUGACGAAGCUUCAGAAGGAUGUGACACAUAUUAUGAAAACUGUGGAUGCGAUGCAAGAACACCUGAACGAUGUGCAUAUUUACUUUCACGGUCUGCCCUCAGCCAUCGGUUCUCGUCCACAUUCCCACCAUGCUUCUCAUUCACAUCCCAGUCGUUUUGGCCAUCGUCAUUCUCAUCCUUAUAGAUUUGUGCAUUUCCACAGCUUCCACAAAGCACCAACUUCAGCCCACUGCGAUAUCAAACCAAACACACAACUGAAAACGUGGCAAAAUAUCACUGGCCACAUCCACAUUACGCAGGAAACUGUCGAUCAAGUGAGAGUCUAUGUGAAAGUGCUUGGCCUCCCCAUUGAUCAACCUGAAAGACAGUAUGCACUCCACGUGCAUGAAUCGAAUGAUACAUCGAAGAGUUGUGACAGCUUGGGCGGUCACUUCAACCCACACGGUCAUGAACACGGUUCAAAAGAUGCUCCUCAUGCUUCCCGCCAUGCUGGAGAUUGGGGAAAUGUUCAGGCUGACGGUAGUGGUACUGUCAAUUUAGACUUCGCAGACAGAGAUUCAAGCCUGGUUAGCCGCGACUCAAUCCUCGACAAAUCCAUUGUGAUCCAUGCAAAAUCCGACAGCAAGGAUGACAGUGGAGAGCGUAUUGCAUGUUGUGUUAUCAAGAAAGCCGACAGAGCCAAGGAAGCUCGAGGUCACCAUUAUAGAACAGGCGAUGAGGAAGAUGAAGAUAUGAAUGAUGACGAUAUGUAAUGAAAGCUAAAACUCUGAGUUUGUUUAGCAAUCUCACCACAUCGCUAUAUCAGUAGACUUUCAUAAAAUAUUCUCUGUUCAAUUGAGGGGAAAUAUUUUUUUCUAUUUGUACACAAUAUUUUCCUAUUGUACGGCAGAAUAAUUUGUGAAAGGAUAUCGUAAUGUGGUUUUCCUUGCUAUGCAAAAGAAAAAAUAAAUAAUUAAAAUGAAAUAAAUUGAAUUGAGUAAAUUGGAUUUAAAACUAA